AUGGCCCCGGCUCUGGAGUCCUCGUCUUUCGCGCAUCAAGCUCUACUUGAGCUUGAGAAAGGCAAGGGUGACCCAACAAGCCAGCUACAGGAAGCGGCGCGGAUAAUUGGGGCGGAUUUAUCUUCUUCAUGUAACCACGGAACGGGGUAUAUCGGAGUGUUCCAGGAUGCGGAAAGCAACAAAAAGCAGAAACCUUCCGCACCCAAGGAGGCAUGGGUUCUUCGAUGGCUUAUGAAAAAGUUGAAGGCGUCUUCACCACAACGAGAGGAGUUGCAGACCAACUACAGACUGCACACCCAAACGUGGAUUCUUCUUCGGCAGCUGUUAGAACGCAUCCCCAUAAAGCCUUUAGCAUUUAUUCUCAAUGAACACAAAUUUCUCCUAAUAUUGAAACAUUCGUUGACUGAUAUUAUGGAUGCAUCGAACGCAUCCCCCGAAUACCUUGAAUUUCAAGAAUCGCUACACUCUGAAUCGAGCGCGACAAUACAAGGAUCUCCUGUUUCAGAGGCCUGGAAACGGGGCCAAAAGCGAAAGAGGACUGAAAAUGGCUUGGAUUCCGUGGAACCGAAGGAGGUUAUAAGGGAGUCAUGGAUUGAUACCUUUUGCGCCGUGUUGAAAUCAGUGAAAACUCUUGUUGCUUUGGCGAAUGAGUUUUCUGGGGUUGAAUCAACAUCCCAUUCACACUUACAACUCGUCCUGAGAGGGGAACCCCAGACUGCGGCGGCGAUUCUUGGACAAUCCUUCGUAUUGACCCGAAAAGUAGUGGAAAAGUGGGAUAAGAGGUUUCCGGAAUUACAUGCGCAGCUAAUGCGUGCGCUGCCUGCGACGUUUGAUAUUUGGAGGCUAAGUUCUGAGCGACUUGGUGACGAUACUAACUUGUCUAGCGAUAAUACAUUUUCUUCAUAUUGCUUUUCCGAAGCGUUGCAUCUGCUUAUGGUUCUGCGGCAAAUUGGAACCGAACCAGCCGAAAAUACGAAUGUGAUACAGAGCUUGGAACGUAUCGUCGUUGUUCACUUCGUCCUCCCUCUUCGCCAGUCAUUCUACUCCAUCGACCCCAUGAAGACCAUGGAUACUAAUGAUAGCCCCGAUCCUUCCGUAAUCAAGCAUGUCCUUAAAGAUGUCCAUUCCCGUUGGGGCGGAUCUAAUGACCGCUGGAAUACAGAGUUACUACCCACUUUGCUAGAUGUUGCUGUUCGUGCUGUUCCUCGGGACACAUUCAAGAGACAAGUUCAUGAAGCGCCCUGGCUUGAAACCUUUUUCGUGGCACUCUCAACUAUCGCUGGCUGCCCUCUAUUUGAUGAACCCUCAUGGAGCACAUCCCAUAAGGAUAUCCCGGUUCUCGAGAACCUUUUCCAAGUGACCAUUGAUAGGAAAGCAAGUCUUUCUAUUGACACAAUCAGACGAUACGCUGUCCGAUUUUCUGGCCUGGUUGGAGGCGAGGCACACCAGGCUACGGAGUGGUCAUUAAUAUCUAAACUUAUACUGACGGGUGUUGAUGUGUUUCUUCCCAACCCUGGAUUUGCCGGGAUGGAAAAGUUGCUCAGUAAUCUUAUCGAUCGAAUCACAUCGUUUUCACUAGUUUCAAAUGUUAUGCCAAACGAGACUUAUGGAGUUAUCAAAACCACCAUCGUAAUACCUUUGCUUCGUGGAUUCGCGGCUGCCAGGGCUAUUGGUUCAUUUCUCGAUAUCUGGUCUGAGCAGUUAACGUCGAUCGAGGCUGCUCGGUUAAAUGGGAGAGAUAUAUUCUACCCUUUUGUUUGGGAGGAUGACGACCUUGCAGCCGCAUUGAGGCCUUUGAUAACGGAUCUCUUCUCUGAGAAUCAAACUAAGGAUCAUCUGCAAAUCAUUUUGUCACAACACUCGUUUGACGACGAAGAAAUAAACGCCCCUAGGCACUAUGCGGACAUUUUGCUUCUUGAUGCUAUUUGGGAACCACGAUUGCGAGAAGGUGACUCCAUGUUACAAGGCGAAUCUUUGGCUCAAGCCUUCCGUAUAGUAUCUAACUUGGUCUUGUCAAAACGGCAACCGGCCUGGAGGUGGCGUCUCUGGCGCCUUUCCCAGCGCUUUGUUGAUCAUCAUUCUUCUACGCCGGAUGAUGUAUCUGUCGACCUUAGCAUCACUUUGUUACCUAAAGCAAUCGACGUAUUACAGAACUUCCACAAUCAAGAGUUUCCAACUAAUAUAUCUAGAAAUGAUUGUCUCGAAGCAUUUGAGGCUUUCAAAUUUGUGGUGCUCGUUGCAGGCAGGAAAGACUUCCCCGAGUACAACGAAUAUUUGAAUGCAAUAAUGCCACGAAUUGUACCUGCUUUUAAUCAAGUUGCAAGAUUCACAGGAGCAGCAUGGAAUGGACGUGUGGACACUAUGGUUUCUCCUCAAACCGUCUGUGUUGGAUAUCUCGCUGUGUUACUGGCAACACCGCUGGCUGUUACUCGCCUUACGUCUGAAAACCGUAGCCUUCUUUUCAAUAACCUUCUCACAUCAGUUGAGCGUUUUGAAUAUUAUAUUUCAAAUCCACUUUCGAGGCAGGCAGUAGGCUCGAGCCUUGAAUGCCAGUUACUCGAAAUAUGGCAAUCGUUCACUUCUAACGAGUGGCUCCUAGAGACGCCUGCAGCGGUAUAUGAUCUUGUCAAUACAAUUCUCCAUCACCUCAAGAAGAAGAAAGUCCCCAGACAUCUCUCAAUUGCAAGCCUUCUAGGUGUCCCUACUAGGUUAAUCCCGCGCCACCAGAGAGGAAUGCUCUUAGACUUCCUUCAACAAACAAUGCUUACGGGUCAAUUGAGCUGUGGAGAAAUGUAUACUGAUACCCUAACCUUGAUGACAAGGCUAGCAGAUUUACCCAAGUCCUCAACCCAAAUCACAAGCGACUGGGAGGAGCCAUGGAAACUUUCGGAUGCUAUUUCCAUCCGAAAGGAGGAUUCCUCGUCGACUCUUCUUCCAUUCCAAUCGUUCCGCCAGCUCCACAAGGCAAUCAUUGGCCGUAUUCUAGUAUCAUCCGAUGUGCAGCGGAGUUUAUAUUUCCAGAAAACGUUUGAUAAAGUACGCGCAACAAUACAAAAAUACGAUAUCUCUAAUUUCGAUGCAAUGGGGUUUUUUAUGCUUGUGUUGUCUUUAGGGACACUUCAUACUCACCAGCAGCACUUUGAUUGUAACCUCAAGAUCGAAACUUUGAAUGCACUGCGCGAGAAGGUGUUAAACAUCCUCAUCUCCGAUUUGCGGUCUAUCGAGAGAAAAAUGGAAAAGAAGAGUGAGACGCCAGAUGUGAACACUUUAACUGGCAUUCUGAAUGCCUUGGAAAAUUUUGAAGACAUGGUGAGGUCGCGUAAAGACGCACGGAAAGCCAUACGUAAAGUUGAGGAGCUCUUAGACACAAUGAGCUAUGAUUCCCCCACCAAAAGGCUUGUCAAACGUCGACUCGUCUCGUCCUACAAACCGGGCAAGGACUUCGAGAAAGUGCUGACGAAGUGGCUUUCGUUGUUUCCUGUUGAUCAGUUGUAUGACCAUGACCAUCAGCUUUUUGUGCGGGACAUCCGCCACAAAUUGUCUACUUUAUCAGAGAAGAAGCCCGUCCGCCUUGGUCCCAAAAUCGCAGGGGAAUACGCGGGAGUUGUCUACAGCCGCAUAUGUCAUAUCCUAAGCCUCGUUUUUGGCCAAUACCGGAAAAAGCUCAGUGGAAGAUUUCACUUGAUUCUACCACUCAUGCAACGCCUCCUUCGCCUCCUCUUCACACCUGGCCCGAGGCCGCAGAAGCCGUCUCGUUCCCAAUUCGCCCCUCCACCAUGGGUAGACAACCAGACUGCCAGCUCCUUUCUCCAUAAGCGUUCCCACGCAACCCAAUAUACCCGCCUCCUAACUGCCCUUUGCGACCCAACUGUCUCCGCUGUACAACGCGUUGAGCGAUCCGACAGCGGCCUAACUGACAAUACGAAAAAAUUGAAGAGUAUAGCCGGCCAGCAUUUACAAUAUCUUGUUAUCGAAUAUACCGGCUGCCAGCUGCGAGCUCAACUUGCGCCGGAGCUGAAGGCUGCGUUGAUGCCAGGCUUUUACUCGAUUUUGGAUGUGAUGUCGAAGGAGACAAUGAGAGGUUUGAAUGCGGCGAUGGAUUCGUCGAGUCGAGCGGUCUUUAAGUCCCUAUACGACGAUUAUGUGCGCCUUGAGUCUGACUUUUUGUCUCAAGCGCUAUGGCCCAAAGCUCUCAGCAUUUUUGCCCGUGGCAUGGCUAAGGAGCCAGCCAAGACAAAUGAACCUGAGUUGCUCCAUAUUUAUCAGAUACCGCAGUUUUUGAUAGGAAGAGACAUUACCGGGAUGUCGCCAGGACUCACCCUCCUCCAUCCUAACUUUCCCUUGUGA